AUACCAUUGACUUCGACUCCAGAGUUGGUCGGAAUUGGUUAGAAGCAGUUUAGACUGAUAAUCUGUAAGAUUAUCUGUAUAUAUUUGGACUAUUUAUAAUUUAUUUAUUCUAAAUAUUUGUUACGAUGAAGAGAGUAAUUGUCUUCGUUAAUGGAACUGACGUGAAUGGCAAGGUGUUUGUAGUGACACAUUCAUUGGACGAAUUAUUGAUGGCGGCUAGUGGAAAAUUUGAUAUGACUGCAAAGAGACUUUUUACAUCGCAAGGUGGUGAAAUUGAUGAUAUCAAACUCAUUAGAGACGAUGACAUUUUGUAUGUUUCAAAUGGAGAAAAUUUUAUAUAUACAAAUAAAAUUUCUCAUACUCAACCAAGUAGGAAUUCAGAAUGGAUUACACUCAAUAUUGGAGGGAAAUACUUUACCACAACUAGGGAUACUUUGACAAAAAAAGAACCAACGAGUAUGUUGGCAAGAAUGUUUACAGAAAGUGGAAAUAUUGAGCAUGCGAUACAGCCGAGUAGACAAGAUGACCGUGGAGCAUAUUUGAUUGAUAGAAGUCCUACUUAUUUCGAACCAUUGUUAAACUACUUGAGGCAUAGUCAAAUGAUACUUGAUUCCAAUGUUAAUGUAGCUGGAGUUUUGGCAGAAGCUUGUUUUUACGGUAUCGAAGGUGCUAUUCGAAUCCUUACUACAAUGUUGGAAAAAGAAGAAUUGCAUAAAGAGGGUCUCGUAUCUCUAACUCGCAAAGAUGUACUUAAGGCAAUCAUGUCUACAUCGACUAACGCCGAACUUAGAUUCCAGGGUGUUGAUUUUGUAAGAGCUGAUCUUUCAAAACUAGAUCUUAGGAAUAUUAAUUUCAAGUACGCUAUUAUGCAUCACUGUAGUCUGGCAGGGGCUAAUCUGUCGGGGUGCUGUUUCGAGCGCGCUGAUUUAUCCCACGCCAAUUUACAAGGCGCGCAACUCGUUUGUGUCAAAAUGUCAUGUGCAAAUCUAGCUGCAGCCAAUUUACAUUCGUGUAACUUUGAAGACCCUGGUGGUCUGCCGGCAAACAUGGAAGGUGUAAAUUUGAAAGGUGCUAAUCUCGAAGGUAGUAACAUGGCAGCUGUGAACCUUCGAGUGGCUACAUUAAAGAAUGCUAUUCUUAGGAAUUGCAUUUUGAGAUCGGCUGUCUUAGCUGGUGCUGAUUUAGAGUGCUGUGAUUUGUCUGGCUCCGAUCUGCAAGACGCAAAUUUGCGCGGCGCAAAUUUGAAAGAUGCUGCUUUCGAGCUAAUGUUAACGCCAUUGCAUAUGUCUCAAACAAUACGAUAACAAUGAAUGUUACGCUGCACGUAUUACUGCAGCUUAAAUUCUGUACUAAACGUUCUACAGUUUUUUUUCAUAUAAUUUAAUAUAAUUAGUUGAAUGUAGUUACAUUGUGCUAUAUAGUAUUGUUUUUGUAUUUUAAAUAUAAGUAAUCAUUCUUAAA